AUGAGCCCCGUCGACUGGGAAAGGGGAGCGUCUGAAGCAGAGAGCAGCAAACCGGAGAAGGAGAGGGGAAGACGGCGGAGGUCUAGUUGCAACCCCGUGAAAGAAAGACCUCACAUGAACGACGAAGAAACCGAGUCGGUUCGUGGUUGCCGACGUACUCCAAACAUUAGGUGCGAUACCGACGGUUCGAUACCGGCGUGUCCAUUAUUUUAUCGGUUUGUACUCAUUCGGACGACCGAGCCGAUCAGAAAGAAGAGGCCGCUCAGCGACAGCCCUCACCCGGCUGACCUGUCUGACUAG